CCUCAAAACAAUUUAAAAUUAAAAAAAAAAAUCCCAAUAACAUCACUCCCACACCACUCCAUUUCUAGCUUCAUCUCUCUAAACACACACUUCUAGAGAGAGAAACAAGAGAGAGAAAGAGAGAAACAACAAUGGCGGUCUGUACUGUGUACACAGUCCAAUCCCUCAACUCAACCUACUCAAUCUCCACCACACCGGCGAAGAAAAACAACUUGCUGGGUUUCAACCAGAAGCAGGCCGUCGUUUUCUACAGCCGGAAAACCACCACCGCCACCAGAAGCGGCAGACCCGGCGCCGCCGUGAUAUCAUGCUCCGCCGCGGACAAAACAAUCGUGAUUGGGCUGGCGGCGGACUCCGGCUGCGGGAAGAGCACAUUCAUGCGGCGGCUGACGAGCGUAUUCGGCGGCGCCGCCGAGCCACCGAAGGGCGGGAACCCGGACUCGAACACGCUGAUCAGCGACACCACCACCGUGAUUUGUCUCGACGACUACCACUCACUGGACAGAACCGGACGGAAGGAAAAGGGAGUAACCGCACUGGACCCGAGAGCCAAUGAUUUCGAUCUCAUGUACGAACAGGUUAAAGCGAUUAAAGACGGCGUCGCCGUCGACAAACCGAUUUAUAACCACGUCUCCGGUCUGUUGGACCCGCCGGAGCUGAUUAAACCGCCCAAGAUUCUCGUUAUUGAAGGAUUACAUCCAAUGUACGAUUCACGAGUAAGAGAUCUUUUGGACUUCAGUAUUUACCUGGACAUCAGCAAUGAAGUUAAAUUCGCUUGGAAAAUUCAGAGGGACAUGGCUGAAAGAGGACACAGCCUUGAAAGCAUCAAAGCUAGUAUUGAAGCCCGAAAACCCGAUUUUGAUGCUUACAUUGAUCCACAGAAGCAAUACGCAGACGCAGUGAUAGAAGUUUUGCCAACACAGCUAAUUCCAGAUGACAAUGAAGGCAAAGUUCUAAGAGUGAGAUUGAUUAUGAAAGAAGGUAUUAAAUUUUUCAAUCCCGUUUACCUUUUCGACGAAGGCUCCACUAUUUCGUGGGUCCCGUGUGGACGGAAAUUGACUUGCUCUUACCCCGGCAUCAAAUUCACCUACGGCCCCGAUACUUACUACGGCAACGAGGUCUCGGUAUUGGAAAUGGACGGGCAAUUCGACAGACUGGACGAACUGAUUUACGUGGAAAGCCACCUCAGCAACAUAUCCACCAAAUUCUACGGUGAAAUAACUCAGCAAAUGUUGAAGCUUUCCGAUUUCCCAGGCAGCAACAACGGCACCGGUCUUUUCCAAACAAUCGUCGGCCUCAAAAUCAGAGACCUUUACGAGCAGAUCAUCGCAACCCGAGCCGCUGCUCCAUUGGAAGCUACAAAGGCCUGAAAAAUAAAAUUAAUAAAAAAUCGCACGUAAUAUCAUAAUAUGAGACAGGCUCUUCGGCUGUCUAAUUUUUUUUCUCUCUCCUCUCUCUCGUGUUGUUGUUGUUGUUAUCAGUUGUGUGUUAUAGAUGAACAUUGAACAGAGAAAUUUCGACGUUUAUUUGUAUUUUUUUACGUUCGGUCGAACAAAAACUUUGUGGAGACUUUGUAACAUAGAGAAACAAGAAGCACAUAAAAAAAAGGAUUAUGUAAUCGUCUUUGGCAAAUACCGUUCCGACUCUGAACGUGAUUUUAA